AUGGGGUUCAUGAAGCGCUUUGGUCGCAAAAAGAGCCCAAAGAACAAAGAGCUGCGCGCGCGCGACGACUUCGCGUUUCCAGCAUACCAUGGCCCCGAUCAAACGCAGCGACUCCCCGACAAGAUUCUACGACAGAUUUUCGAACAAGUAUGUCCGCAUGCAAGCGACGAAUCUCUCGAGCCCAGCGAAGACUCCGGUCACGAUGGCUGCAUGAACUGCGACAUGCGGGAUUUGGCACACUGCGCGCUCACUAAGCGGCAAUGGUACGGCGUGGCGGCAGGAUUACUAUACAAGAGUAUUCGGCUGGACGCAGUGCACUACUGCGAGCUCGAAGAAGUAUACGCCGAGGAACGUAGGCGCAAGUCGCGCGGCGGCGACAUGGAUCCCCCAACCGUGCGGCUACAGCAGCUAUGCCGGACGGUGCGAGAGAACCACAACAUUGGCUCCCGCGUGCGCUUUCUGAAGCUUCCAUACAUGACCCGCGAGUCCUGCAAGGCUGACCUGGCGCGAACCGUGUCCGUAUGUCCAAAUCUUGAGCACAUCGACCUGCCGGACGGCUUCUUCACUGGCGAUCCCACAUGCCACACAUUACGACAAGAGCUACAAGCGCGGUGUCCGAACAUACGGAAAAUGAAAUACAACGAGGGCAGCGAACAGACUUUGGAAUCAUUACUGCACGGAUACUGGCAGCAGCUACGUGUAGUGGAGAUCAACAAAGUCCAGAUAGACCCUACUCUGCUGAGGCGGGUAUUGGGCACGCUCCCAUGGCUGAGCGACGUCAGCUUUUCCAGCGUCCCCUUGCUGAACGACACCGUCUUCCACACAGUUCCCGGAGUACCCGAUUUCCCUGCACUGGACACCUUGUCAUUCCACAAAGUAGACGGCAUAACCGGCGAGGGUUUGCAACAGUACCUCUCCAACCCGCUAUGCCGAGACACCCUCAGAACGCUCAAGCUCAGGAGCUGCGCAGGUCUCCCAGUAGCCUCACUCCACGUUCUCCUCUCCGCAGCUCCCAGCCUCAUUAACCUCGAGUACUCAGCAACCGUCUCCACCCCGCUCCCCAUCGACCCCCUUCCGCUCAUGGCCUCGCGCUCCCUCCGCAAACUGCACUUUGAAAUCAUCGCCAACACAGCCACCCAAAUGUACUCUCCCGCAACAUCCCACUACCAAUAUCUCACCAACAGCCUCAUGUCCAGCUCCCUUCCUGCCCUCCGCCAACUCUACGUCCGCGAUCCUGAUUUCCCUGAGACCCUCACUCUUGCGCCUCCGCUCCGACCUUUUGCAGACGCCCCGCCCCAGCGCGGCUUCUCGCAGCCCCUGGAGGUCUUCUCGAAGGGACUUGACGAGCUAGACUGGAUAUUCACCUCCAUUAUGCCCGCGGACGCAUAUGGCCGCCGCGGUUCCAUGUCGGGCGGGCGACCGCUGAGCAGCUACUCCGCGAGCAAGGGUCUGGGACCGCAAUGGGGUGGCGACGCAAGGAAGAGCAUCGUUGUGCCGAACGGAUUCGGCGGUUUCCUCGCUGUUCCCGCCGAGGGCAAUGAUGGUAGGCCCAGAAGUGCAGGCAAUUUGUCGCCUUCGGGCGGGUUCGGACAUGGGCACUCGCACAGCCUGGGUGGAAAUGGGCCUGCGUUCCGUGGCAGCUUUAUGGGGCAUCAGAAGAGGUCUUCUCGGGCGGACUUGUGGCGCUGA